UCAGUCCCUUUUUGACGUCUGCCCUCAGCCAAAGUGGUGGCACCUCGGAAGUUGCCGAAGCGCUAGAAGUUGCCGAAGCAGGUCCGGAAGCUGCCGAGCGAGUCCGGAAGUUACCGAAAGAGAGCAGCGGGUAAGGAGGAUGGCGGAUGUCAUCGCAAGACUCAAGGAGGACGGGAUCCAGAAGCGUGUGAUACAGGAUGGCCGAGGAGAGCUCCCUGACUUUAAGGAUGGAACCAAGGCCACAUUCCACUACCGGACUCUGCACAGUGACCAGGAGGGUGUCGUGCUGGAUGACAGCCGGGUGCGCGGCAAGCCCAUGGAGCUGAUCAUUGGCAAGAAGUUCAAGCUGCCCGUGUGGGAGACCAUCGUGUGCACCAUGCGUGAGGGGGAGAUUGCCCAGUUCCGCUGCGAUGUCAAGCAUGUGGUCCUCUAUCCACUGGUGGCCAAAAGUCUACGCAACAUCGCAGCCGGCAAGGACCCCCUGGAGGGCCAACGCCACUGCUGUGGCAUCGCCCAGAUGCAUGAGCACGGUUCCCUGGGCCACGCCGACCUGGAUGCCCUGCAGCAGAACCCCCAACCUCUCAUCUUCGACAUUGAGAUGCUUAAGGUGGAGAACCCUGGCUCAUACCAGCAGGACCCGUGGGCAAUGACAGAUGAGGAGAAGGCAAAGGCAGUGCCGGUCAUCCACCAGGAGGGCAACCAGUUGUACCGUGAAGGUCACGUGAAGGAGGCCGCGGCCAAGUACUACGACGCCAUCGCCUGCCUCAAGAACCUGCAGAUGAAGGAACAGCCCGGCUCUCCUGACUGGAUCGAGCUGGAUCACCAGAUCACCCCGCUGCUGCUCAACUACUGUCAGUGCAAGCUGGUGGCCCAAGAGUAUUAUGAGGUGCUGGACCACUGCUCCUCCAUCCUCAACAAGUACGAAGACAAUGUCAAGGCCUACUUCAAGCGGGGCAAGGCGCACGCAGCUGUGUGGAAUGCCCAGGAGGCCCAGGCUGACUUUGCCAAGGUCCUACAGCUGGACCCCGCCCUGGCGCCCAUUGUAAGCCGGGAGCUGCGGGCCCUGGAGGCACGGAUCCGGCAGAAGGACGAAGAGGACAAGGCCCGCUUCCGGGGCAUCUUUUCCCAAUGACGGGCCCUUCUCACCCUGCCCGGCCCACUGCUGCCACUGCCAGCCCACCCACCCCCACUAUAUCAUGCUUCUCUGUACAUAAAGGCCUUAUUUAUCUCUC